CACACACACACCCAUACGCACACACACACACACAUACAUUUCAGCUUGAGAGUGGUGCCAGAACUGGUGCUGGAGAGAGAGCUGGAGGGAGGGAAGAAAAAAAACGAGGGAGUGUUGGAAGGAGGGGGAAAGUUUGGGGGAGUUUAUAAAAGAACUACUGCAGAGAAGAGUGGGAAACCGGUUUUAGAAAGAGAGAAAGACCAAAGAGAAAAAAGCGGUGGAAAGGAAAAAGAAAAUUUCCGAGCAUUAAAGAUAAAAUGGCAGCUACUGAUUUUCCAGCAUUGUCACUACUGAUCGUCUCACUCUCCCUGUUGAAUGGUUACUUGGCCAACCCGCUCAAGGCCCCAGAGGGAAACCAUACAUCAGCAAAGCCGCCAGUAACCCCCUUUCAAAUUCGCUACGUGACGGGCCUCAGUGACUACGACUACAAAGACGAGGAAGAGGAAAACCAACCCACACACUACCGCCAGCCCCAGGACCCUACCCAAAACUCAGUCCCACAGCCCUGUGACUACGACCCCUGCCAAGACCAGCAGGUCCCCUGUGCCCAACUCUCAGCCCUCACCCGCUGCCUGUGCCCAGGCGUGACCGGGCCCCAGGAUCGCCCGGAGGCCCCCUCUUUGCAGAAGAUGGUCCGGGAGGGGUCCGAGACAGUGGUCACAUGGUGCGCUCCGCCCUCCACGGUGUCCUCCUACCGGGUCGUGGUCAACGGCGGGGAGCCCUUGGUUUUCGGGGAGCAGCUGAGGAGGGCGGUGCUGGGGGAGCUGGAGGCGGGGGCCAGGGUGUGCGUGGAGGCGGUGAACGACGCCGGGACCAGCACCCCCUUGCCCGAGUCCUGUAAGGAGUACGAGCCCCAGGGGGACGACGGCAUGUCGCUGCGGGCCGGGGUGAUCGGGGGAGGCCUGGGGUUCCUUCUGGUCCUUUCUCUAGCCGCACUGCUGCUCUGGAAGUUCAACACCUGCAAGAAAUCGGGGAGCGACAGGGAGGGCCUGGGGAACCUCUCUUACAGUUCUGAGGGACCCCUUUGAGCGGGACCCCAUUGGCCCAAUGGACAAUGACACUCAGACCGAACAUGCUCUUCGUGGGAAACCUCUGAUGUAACUAGAACGUAGGCAGAGAGGAAAUACAAAAAUGUUUUGUGUGUGGGUACACUACCUUAUUUAUUGCGCAAGGUUCACCACAAAAGAUGAUUCAUGUGAACGCACAGAAACCCAGAUUUAUACCUUGACUGCUUGUCUUGUGAACGUUUGCGAGGGGUAGCUCACUGGUGCAUCUGUGACUAUCAUAACUGAAGUGACCUGGGAGGAUAUACUUCCCAAGAGUCAUGAUGCUUUAUAACUAGAACAGGGUAAAUGAUGGUUGUUAUGGUUGUUAAUUAGGACUGUUCUGCAGGGCAGAAAGACCCCGUAUUUUAGCUGACCAAGAACUUUGAUGCCGUGCCUGAUGGGAAAGUGUGGAAAAGGCUGGAACUCGAUGACAUGAGUGAAUGUCCUGGUUAGAUUCUGGCUCUGUCUGCCACCGAAUCAUCCCCCAGCUUAUUAAGCUAAAACUUGUUCUCCCCCCUCUCUGCUGAUGUGUGGUUGAGCAUUCUCGUGCAAAAUGGCCACCGUGUGUCACCCAGGCGGUUGUUACACUUUGGUGGCGGUCGACACUCAUCACUGUAAAGGACUUUGAGUGUGACAAAAGCACUAUAUAAAUGCAAGUAAUUAUUAUUAAUAUUGUUAAUGAAAUGUCUUACAGGAUUGGUAAGGGAAGAGAUGCAUACUAGUGACUGAGUAUGUAGAACAGGACACAAGAUGUACCAACAAAGUGAAAAGUUCCAGAAGGAAACAGAGUUACAGGGUCCUUUGACAGGUUGAGGACCAAUCUGAGUUUCCGGUCAAGACACUGUUCUUAUUAAUAGUUCUACAACACUACCUGCUCUAUUAACCUGCUUUUGUCCAAAAUUAUCACAGAUUAAUUUUAUAUCUUUCAAAAAAAAAUGAUCUUCCUAUUAGUAACAAUGAGUAUCACAAAUAAGUGAAUUUUGAAAGCAGUAUUUAAUAGCUUUUUGUAAUUUUGGUAGGACUGGCACUGCACUGGAUUAACAGAAAUUAAUUUUUUAUUUGAAUUAUUUCAUGGAUAAAACACUUUUUAAUUUAUUUUUGUUGUGUGGCUGUGACUGCUCAAUGAGUUUUAUAAGCUUUCAAAACUUGAAAAUAGAAAUGUAUAUGUGUUCAAAUAUCUUAACUGAGAAUGAUGCUCUGAUGAUCUUUUUCAACAUUGUUGUAACAAUUUUUAGCAGAACUGUAGCUAAAGUAAAAAACAAAAACAAA